AUGCCGCCCAAGCGCCGAGGCAUGCGGCGGUUCUUCUGCUGCGGGCCCAAGGACGAGGCCGAGACAGAGCUGCCGGUGAAGCCGGCGAAGCAGGUGGCCGAGAAAGUCGACCGAGCGGGCGUGGUGUCGGGUGGGAAGGCCACGAAGGACACGAGGGCUGCGAAGGACCAGCAGAAGGGCGACGGCGAGGCCGCCGAGGCGAGCGCGGAGGCCAGCGAGAAGGGUGCAUCCAUUCCGACAAGCGAGCACGAGGCCACAGAGGACCAUUUAGCCGCCGAAAAGCCGGAUGCUUCCACGACCGAACCGGAAGGGAUCAAAGAGGAGGACCAGCAAGCUGAAACGCCUGCUCCCACCGCCGCCGCCGACGACGUUGCGAAGGAUCAGGCACACCCGGCACGUGCUGAUGCUCCCGCCGGAAAGGAGGAUUUAGUCGCCGCGGGUCCUGCCGUCGAGGCCACCGAGAGCGCCGCCGAGAAGGAGCUGGCCGCCGACGGCCUGCCGCCUGCCGAGGCCCCCGCUGCCUCCUCGGUGGAGAAGACGCCCGAGGCUCCCGUCGAGCAGCCUGUUGCUGUUGUUGAAGACCAAGGAUCUGCCAUCGUUGCCGAGGCCACUGCUGCGCCAGCCGUCCAAGAGGCGCCUGCGCCCCCCGCCGCCGUCGCUGAUGAAGACAUCGAGUCUCUCGCCGAGGCCUUCUUCACUCCGGCCGAGGAGAAGCCCGAAGAGAAUCCGCUGUCUGUCGAGAUCCCGGCCGUCCCAGAGAAGUCGGAGUCGCGGACCAAGUCACCAGUCUCUGAGGACGAGUCUGCCGAGCCUGCCGAGCCCGUUGAUGAUGCUGCCCCGGUGUCAGCGGCCUCCGAACCGGUAGAGGACCACUCGCCUGCAGAGGAGCCCGUCGCUGUCGCAGAGAAGGAAGCCGUUGAAGAGACGCCCGACGUCCCGGCGAGCGUCACGGAGGAGGUUUCGCCGGCCGAAAUCCCCGUUGCCCCUCUCGAUGAGACCCCGUCGACCCAAGACGACGCUAUUACUAUCAAGGAGCAAGAGUAUGAGCAGGAGCAGGAGCAGGAGCACUCGGCCUUCUCGACAUCUGGAAUCACCGCCACCGAGGCCGAGGCCGAGGACGAGGACAACACUGCCGCCGAAGAAUCCAUCGUUGAGUCGCGCGAGGUUGUUCCAGUCGACCCUCCCGUGGUCUUGACCAAGGACGAAGACACGCAUUCCGAAACUCACUCCGGCACAGUGACCGACGACGACGCCGACGCCGACGCCGACGACGAAGAUGACGCGUCGUCCCACACCACCGACAGCCCAGAGCCGGGAAUCACCAGAGAAGAUUCCGUCAUUCCGAAUGGCUCGGACCAGAAGGUUUCCAUGCCCCGGCUGUUCCCCCACAACAAGCAGGGCAACAUCCUCCAGAGAGUCAUUGAGUCCUACAUCAUCAACGGAAGGUCCGAUUGGAAGAUCGUCCAGAAGUAUCUCCCCAAGCCCACCGCCGAUGGAGACGAUUCUGCUGCCAAGUUGUCCAGGGUCAUCAUGACUCGCAUGUUGGAGCAUUGCCUGAGCGAAGCCGAGCUGACCGAGGGCCGCGUUUUCAUGCCCAUCCUGCGGGAGCAGCUGGCUCACUUCUACUGGGAAGACCACAAGGACAAGGAGGCCAUCAAGCUCUGGAGGAAGGUCCUCGGCGACACGGCCAACGGCGACAGCGACAAGUUCGUCUACCGCGCGAGGACAAAUGCGACAAGGUCACUCUGUAACAUAUACUUUACCAAGGCUCUGGAAGCUCAUAUUGCCGGCGAGGAUCCCUCCAAGCACGCGAAGAAGCUCGAAGAGGCUGCCGGAAGGGGCGCCGACCCCGUUACGACCAUGUGGUGGUACGCCCACUGCUCAUCAUUAAUGCUUACGGCCUGGCAUCAGAUGCACGACGAAGACUCGUACAGGGCAUUGGAGAACUUCCGAUUCAACGCCAAGUGCGCCAUCGGAAAGUUGGAGAGCAAGGCCUCGUCCAAUGCCGAGAGCGGUUUCCUGCUCCUGGCCGAGACGCUCAUGACCGCCGCCGACAACUGGGAAGGCCACGUGGAAGGCGACGAGAGCGCGACGAGAGCCAUGUCGCUGUUCCUCCAGCACCACUACGCAGUCGGCCUCGAGAAGGAUGGCGACGGCGACGGCAGCGCUGCCAACAAGGCGCAGACGUACGGCGCGUGCGAGACUUGCGACAACGAGCUCUCCUGGGGCCACUUCCAAACCUGCAGGUACUGCAAGGUCGACCUUUGCGAUUCCUGCCACAAGUCUCUGGAAGACACGACUCUGAAGGUGCGCGUCUGCAGCCCGAUCCACGACUUCUUCCGCACGAGUGGACCCGCGCCGCACGAGCUACCCAAGGACCACGUUCUCCUCGAAGGCGAACAAGUCCACUACAAGACUUGGAUCUCCAUGCUGAAGGACGACUGGGCAAUCUAA